UAGCAUCGAAACGUUCGAACGUUAUUGAAUUGUAGGUUUAUUCGAGUAUUUCUGACUGAUUUCCGGUGGCUGUUAUUGAUGUUCUCUAGAGCAACCACUAGUAAGCAUAAUUUCCUUUGGGGCGUUGCCAAAACAAAUUAACUCCUCAGUUUUGAAGGAGUCAAUGGUAUUUUUUCCUCAGAACCUUCGCCGAACAUUUGACUUGGGGGACUUGAACAUCAAAGGAAGCUAAACAUCAGCAAAGCUAAGGGGGUGUUGCUAUUGAUGCACUAUCAUUGCUAUGCAUAGAUUUUGUUUGAUUUUACACUAAGUAACCGACAAGGCUCAUACCAUCGGAUAGAUAGCUUUAAAAACUCGCAGACUACAUGGCACCUGAGCUCAACACAGUCAAUAGAAGCCGCCUAUAGUUAGCCUGCUAAAUUAUGAACAGAUACGAGUUAUUUUAAUAUUGUAGCAUAUGGUUUCCACAUAACGUUCUCAGUCUGGCUCGCAGAAAGCCUUCGAUGCCAUUUGAUAAAAGGACUAGUAGUUAGGAGGUACGUUCACAUUGAUGGUGACUGUUGUUGUACGAGUUACUAUAUAUUCGCGUCCGAUGUUAUUUUCCUGUCCCCCAAUUUAUGAUGGAUGUUUAGACACAAAUGGCACAGGUUGCAUUCAGUUAUUUAGUAUCGUAUCAACCGUGCAAGGAUUCGGACGAACAUUUAGCAACAAAGUAUAAUCGAUAUUGUAAUGAGUUUCAAUAGUUCACUAUAUGCAGAAUAUGAUCUAGUAUCGAUGCUGGACUUCUAAAAAUGACUGUGGGCGUAGUCGGAAACUAUUCCAUGAUAAAAUGGUGAAAUGGAAAUAGGUGGAAUAUAAGUAGUUAGUGUUAUCAUGCAAUACGAUGGAAUCAAUUGUGCUGUAGAUUCAAACCUGCGAUUCCCGCUCACGUGGAUACCACAAUGCACUGCUGCUGUCUCGGUAGUCGAUCGGACAAAGUUUCACCCGGAGAAUCGGUACAGCCAUCAACAUCCUCCUCACUGAACCGAGACGAUGCCAAUACCUCUGACAACAAUCGCCACUGCACCGAUUUAUUGUUCAUAGCAAUCAAAGCAGCAUUCAUAUUUAUUCUGCUGGUGCUCAUUAUCUACUGUAUGGCAUUCGGAGAUAUCUACCGAAUUAUAAAUGGCUACGACGACUGUGCCAACGUGUGUGGACAUGACAACAAACCCGAUAAAGAUCUCUCGUGUAAGGGUACCGAUCGAACAGAGCAAAAGUAUCUUCUUGUCGAAUCCUCUGGCGUAUCAUCCGAUCUACACCGACAGUGCGUGUCACGAUGCGAGGAUAUCGAAGGAUACAAGCCAUUCCUGAACCGGUGCAUUCGCAAAGAAAAUCCCGCCGAAGAGGUGGCUACUCGUACCGGGCUGCGUAACUACUUCCAAGAGGUAUCGGAGGAUCUUGAAUCGUGCUACAUGGAAAUACUGUGGCUAUGCGUCAUAGCUUUCGUUUUCUCACUGCUGACACUGGUGCUGCUUCGAUUCGUACCGGGAUUGAUAGUGUGGUUGGUGUUGUUAGCCGUCGUAGUCGUCUGCUCCGUGGGUACUCUCUGGUUGUGGCUGAAAUGGAACUACGAAUCGGAUAACAUGGCUAAAGAGGCGGGCGACGGGGCCAAGAUGCGAGUCAACAACUAUCUGUACUACGCCAUAGCUGCUACGGUUGCGACGAUUUUCGUAUAUCUGGUGAUACUGGUGAUGAGAAAAAGGAUCAAACUAGUCGUACAAUUGUUUCGAGAAGCGGGCAAAGCGAUUUCAAAUAUGCCGUGUCUCCUCCUGGAACCUAUCCUGACCUUCAUUUCUAUAGCCGUAGUAAUAACUUUAUACAUAUAUUUCACCAUGUGGAUUGAAAGUUCCGGAAUAUUGAAAGUAGAGAAUAAUCAAAGCGCAAGAUACGAGAAGGACUCAACUAUGCUUUUCACCCGUUGGUACAAUCUGCUAGCUUUCUUCUGGAUCUGCCAGUUCAUAAUCGGAUGUCAGCAUAUGGUAAUUGCAGGAGCCGUGGCUUAUUGGUUCUUUUCCAGAAACCGAUCUAAUCUCGGAAGCCCCAUUUUGAAAAGUUUUGGAAAUUUGAUACGGUAUCACAUGGGUACCGUUGCCUUCGGGUCGUUCAUUAUAGCUCUUGUGCAGAUUUUACGCACCGCGUUAAAAGCUCUUAUGUGUUAUGUUCGAGAGCAUCAGAAUAAACUUGCUAAUUGCGUUCACGACUGCUGCCAAUGUUGUCUGAAAUGUUUUGAGCGAUUUCUGCAGUAUCUUACUAGAAACGCUUACAUUAUGACAGCGAUGCAUGGAGACCCGUUCUGCAAGGCGGGAAAAAAUGCUUUCCGACUGUUGACAAAUAAUGCUCUUCGGGUGUUUGCAAUCAACUCAGUAGGGGACUUUGUACUGAUCCUUGCGAAAGUGUUUGUGGUUGUAAUCACCUGUCUCAUCGGGAUGGAACUGAUUCAAAAAAAGGCUGGCCUACAUCAUCCGUACGUGCCGAUUAUUUUAGUUGGAAUUUUCACUUACUUGGUAGCUCACUGUUUUAUGACUGUCUACGAGAUGACGGUUGACACCAUAUUCCUGUGCUUUUGCGAGGAUUGUGAAACGAAUGAUGGCAUCAGCAAACCGUACUACAUGUCACGAGGACUUAUGGAGUUUGUGCAAAACUCGAAGAAGGCACUGGCGAUACACGACAAUCGCGCCGCAAGCUCUUUGCGGGAGGGAAAAGCAUGGACUGACGAAAAAUCCAACAAGAUACAGACUCAAACAAUUUCGGAAACUGUGGACUGAUGUGUGUUUUUUGUCCAUUUCUGAAUGUAGAUUUACUACUUCUUCGUUUAUGUGUGGUGUGAAUUUUUUAAGUAAAAUGAUAAAUCA